AUGCCCUCGAGCACGAUAGCUGCUGCUGCCACAACUGGCGCCCAGGCAAGGCCACAGAACGGCGAUGGACCGCACGAUGAGCGCCGGAACUCCCUAAUGCGCAGGUCGUGGUACGCGAUGACGGACAUGCUCUCGCCGUUCUCGCCUUCGGCGCUCGCAUCGCUGCCCAAGAGACCCAAACGGGCUGCGCGCUAUACUAGGGCGGAUCACAUUCCUGAUACCGAACAAGAUGAGAACGGGCAGCCGCCGACUGUGCGCGAUUAUCAUGCUAUCAACUCGGUGCCCCCGCAGGUGCGAGUACCGAAGAAGAUCCCCACGCCGAUCAAGGUGGAGGGGAAGGUCUGGUUUGCCAACGAACGAACAUGGGUGUCAUACCUGAACAUCGCCAUGCUGAUGGGCACCUUUUCCUUGGCUCUGUUCAAUACAUCGAAGGAUCAGAUCGCUAGGAACUUUGCCUACGUUUAUGCUGGUCUCAGUGUUGCCAUAGUGGUUUACGGAUACCUGCUGUAUCAGUACAGAAUUACUCUGAUCCGAAGGAGAGAUCCCAACCACUUUGAUCAAAUAUGGGGACCUAUAGUCAUAAGUAUCGCUCUCUUCUGCGCUGUUCUGGCAAACUUCAUCUUGAGAGUGAGGGAGUUGCGUCAGUCAGAAGUGAUACCGGCACCUAGUCCUACGCCCACCGGUUUCUAGCCUGUAGGUUCCAUUCCGACGCUGCGGGUUGAAGGGGUUGAGGGAGGUACUGUACGAUCAAGAAUUGGGGUGCUUUGACACAAACUAUGGAUUAGUUGUUGUUACAUAGACUGUCAUCUACAUAACGGAUAUCGGGAGAUUACAAUGUGAAUACUGAAUUACCCUACGCGAUCACAGAUAUCUCCUGCGGCCCGCAGGCUGCCCAAGGGGUUUCAAGUUGGAGGUAUCGAGAGCCGUGCUAGUGCCACAGUUUGCUGCUUCCAUCUCAUACAGGUUGAUGGUAAGUGGUAGCUCUACUCGGUCAAGUAUCCGUUCCGUCGUGUUGUCACUUGCCUGCGAGUUGGCGUGCCCGGGUCUCAUUCAGAGCUUCGCCCUCGUCGGCAAGUCUGCUGCGACGAAAACCAGGUUCACGAUCUUGCGACUAUCCGUACUCGGGUCCUCUGACUGCGAUUGAAUCACGACAUUCACGGACUUGUGACGUUCAAUGUCCACCACCCCCUUCGUUCCAGGCAGCUCCUUCCUUUGCCCCCGAACAACAUAAACACCUCCGAACGCGCCAUUCCUGUUGCUUGGGUCUUUGGGUACGUCCACAGUGACCUGCCAAUCCACCUUGAGUCCAGCAGGUGCGGCCCGGCG